AUGUGGUCUAAGCAGAUUCUUGUAACGCUCGCCUGGGCCGCCCCAGUCAUCCUGGCGGCGGUGCCCACCAACCAAAGCCGGCCGAAGACCUUCGAGCUCACCUUCACAUGGGAGAAGCAUGCGCCUGACGGAUAUGAGAAGGAAAUGGUCCUGACAAACGGCCAAUUUCCCGGGCCAGUGCUGGAGAUGACCCACGGCGACGACAUAGAGGUCACAGUACAUAACAACAUGCCCUUCAACACGACAGUACACUAUCAUGGCAUCGAAAUGCUCCACACACCCUGGUCGGACGGCGUGCCCGGCCUCUCGCAGAGACAGAUCCAGCCCGGCGCGAGCUUCGUCUACCGGUGGAAGGCCACGCAGGCCGGCUCGUACUGGUACCACUCGCACCACCACGGCCAGCUCAACGACGGCAUGUACGGACCGAUCGUCAUCCAUCCCAAGUUAUGUGCCGGCAGGCCCUUUGACAAAAUCUCCAAGCUCCCGGGAGCGGUCAGCGCUAUGCGGGAAGCCGAGGCGAAUGUCAAGCCACUUGUGCUUUCGGAUCACCGACACGUCACAUCGGAACGGGGUUGGGAGAUCAACGUCGCAUCAGGCCUCGAGACGCCUUGCUAUGACUCGAUUCUUAUUAACGGCAAAGGACGAGUUGAGUGCUGGACGUCUGAGAAGAUGGCUUCGCUGUAUACGGCUGAGCAGCGUCAUUUCCUGCAGCUGGGAAACAAGACGUCAUUUACCGAGAAGGGGUGCUUGCCAGCUGCCGUCAUCGCCAGCAUCCAGGCAAGGGGCAAGCAGACGAAUCUGUCGGCCAUACCUCCCGAGAUAUUCGACAAGUGCACCCCAACUACUGGAUCUCGUGAAGUCAUCGAGGUAACCAAGUCGUCCGACGCCAACGAAACAUGGGCCGCCUUUGACCUCAUCGGCACGUUCGGCCUCAUCACGGGCUCUUUCUCCAUCGACGAGCACCAGAUGCACGUCUACGCGGUCGAUGGUUCCUACAUCGAGCCGCAAGAGGUCGAAGCCAUCAGCAUCACCAACGGCGACCGCUACUCCGUCAUGGUGAAGCUGACCAAGCCUGGCGACUUCACCGUGCGCAUGGCAUCGCUCACAAUGCCGCAGAUGUUCGUCGGCUACGCGACGCUAUCGUACCGCGACCCCAAGCAGGCCCCUCCUCCGAGCAGUGCACCGCCGUCUGUUGGUUACAUCAACGACGUCGGCAUUGCUGUGAACGCCAAUGUCCGCUUCUUCAACCAGGCUGGAAUGAAGGCGUUCCCUCCUGCACCUAUCGCGCAGACUGCUGACCAGACGGUUAAAGUCUCGAUGCGCGUAGCGGGACAGAGCUACAACUGGGCACUCAAUGACACCAUCUAUCCCAUGAAUCUCGACAACUCAACACCACUGCUUUUUCAGCCGGACCCAGAGAGGCACAAUAACGUAACCAUUACGACUAAGAACGGCACCUGGGUUGACCUCAUUUUCCAAGCGGCCGCCUUCCCCAUGCCCCCUCACCCGAUUCAUAAGCAUGGUAAUAAGAUGUACCUCCUUGGGACUGGCGACGGCCUUUUCAAAUGGGAUACCGUGGCUGAGGCAGUCAAGGAGAUCCCUGAGAAAUUCAACCUCGUUGAACCGCCGCGGCGCGACGGUUUCACUACCCCGGCUGCCCUGCAGGGGCUCAGCUGGAUGGCGGUGCGGUACCAUGUUAAUAAUCCUGGGGCUUGGCUAGUACACUGUCACGUCCAGAGCCAUCUCUCUGGUGGGAUGAGUAUGGCCAUCCAGGACGGCGUGGACAAGUGGGUAACAGUGCCCCCUGAGUACCUAAACUAUUAA